CCCUCUUUCUCCCCCUUUCUUCCUCCACUUUUUUCGUCUUCCUCCGGCGAAGCAGACAGCGCCACGUGAUUCGGCUCCCUCACUGCUGUACAUGCCUGCCCGGCCCUACAGGGGGCGCCGCGCUUCUACGAGAGCCUGCAGUGAACUUUCAGCGCCUCCCAGAUUCUCCUUAGAGUGGGAGAGUCCAGCAUGUGAGCUGUGGGCAGAGCGGAGCUGCAGAGCUGCUGUCGAGCUGGAUGUUUUGUCACUUUUUACACGUUAACUUUUACUUUUCCGAGCUUUGAUCUCUGUAAAGAUGAGUUUGUUCCCCUCAUUACUUGUUAACUGAGCUCCUUUAGAGACUGAGCGCUGAGUCUGUGCGGAUUGAAGGAGCUUAAGUCUUCAAGAGAUGUUCUGCAGGAACCAGACGUCCAGGGCCACGGUGGCUCGAGGCUCCGCGGUGGAGAUGGAGGUCCGCAGGGGCCACUUUCGGCUCAGCGUUUUUGAGGACUCCGCACAGGACAGUGAGGUGCAGAAGCAGAUCGACAUGGAGGUGCGUGUGCGGGAGGGCGCCUGCAGGCUGCUGGCCGCGUGCUCUCAGAGGGAACAGGCUCUGGAAGCCUCUAAAAGCCUCCUAACCUGCAACAGCCGCAUCCUCGCCCUCAUGAGCCAGCUCCAGCGCAUGAAGGAGGCGCAGGCCCUGCAGCGGACUGGACGCAGGUCAUCUGCUGGUGGCUCUCUUGAAGAGAGGAAGCCCUGUACUGGGAAGGUGGCUAUUUCAGAUAUCCGCAUCCCUCUCAUGUGGAAAGAUUCUGAAUAUUUCAAGAACAAAGGCGAGUUGCACAGGUGGGCUGUGUUCUGUUUGCUGACUGUGGGCAGAGAAAUCUAUGACACUGACCUGGUAAUGGUGGACAGGACACACACAGACAUCUGCUUUGAGGAGACACUCAUAUUUGCGGAUGUGUCUUCAGGUUUCGAGUUGCGGUUGGAGCUCUAUAGCUGUUACGUGGAUGAGGAGUUCAGUCUGGCUCAGGCUCCGCGGCGGCUGGCCCGUCUCAGUGGCUCACUGGGUCGUUCUUCCGGUAAAAGGCUCCGUGCAGCUCUGGAGUCAGCCACAGCCUGCGGACUGAACGGCAGCACAGACAGAGAGUCAGACACAGACAGAGCAGGAUCACCUGGAGGAUCUCCAGUACAUGCACCAGCACUGGGACCGAAAUAUCACUUGCUUGCCCACACCUGUCUGACCCUGUCUCAUGUCCAGAAUUCAUUCAGAACUCAUGAUCUGACCAUCUCUGGCACAGAGGACAGCUCAUUCUGGUUGCCACUCUAUGGUAGUGUAUGUUGCCGUCUGGUGGCUCAGCCAAACUGUAUGACUCUGCCAGUAAUGAGCGGCAAGCUAAAGGUCCAGCAACCAGAAGAUUGUCCUGAGAGCUGGUCAGAAGUCUACGGUGUCCUAAAAGGGACAGGACUAAUCUGCUACCAUCGGCAAGAAGAUGUGGAAACUUCAGAAGAGCCAGCAUUCACCAUCCCCAUAAACAAGGAAACCCGGAUACGUGCAACGGAAAAAGACCCAGUCUUAAACACACAAAGUAUCUUGAUAACCAACCAGUGGGCGCAUGGAGAGUCAACACACAUGCUGGUCACUCACACACAUCAGGAUACACACAGCUGGAUGGAAGCCUUCUGGCAGCAUUUUUAUGACAUGAGCCAGUGGAAACAGUGCUGUGACAAGCUCAUGAAGAUUGAGGUGCCAUCUCCACGGAAACCAAUGUCCCUGCCAUUAAAACAAAGCUCCCUGUAUCAUGACAAUGUUCCUCCCUCUGGCACGCACUCCAAGGACAGCGCGCUACCCCAGAGUUCACCUGUGUCUGCAGAGAUUCAAACAUUGCUGUCAUCAUAUUAUAAUGACAGGUACUGAAGGUGCUGUGGGACUGCCUUGCAGGUGAAGCCUGGUGGUGUAAUUGAGCUCAACUGCACAACUGCAGAACCAGCUCAGUGCUGUAGUUGUCGCUGAGAAAUCGCGGUGCAGGUGUUGUUUAUGUACUGGCCUCAAACACAAACUAGAGCAAUUAUUAUAUUGUUGCUGUCAGAACAAAAUCUCAUACCUCCCUCUACAAUGGUAAUCUUAUGCCGAAGGAAAAACAUCUUUAGCUGAAAAUGGACUUUAUUUCAAAUAAUUUUAUACCAUGUUUGUUUGCAAAUAGAUUUUUGCACACAGCUGAUAUUUUCAAAGCAUGUCAAAAAUAUGAACAAUAGACGUACAAGAUUUUGUUCCAGCAGCGACAGUAUACAGUUUACUGUGUACUAUAUAGAGUUACAGAAAAUCAGAAAAGUGCAUUUAGGGUUUUGAGGGUUAUAUAGAGAAUAAUUUAGAGGGUGGGGGCAGACAUAGUUUUGUCCUAUUGCAUUUAAAAAAAUGCAUCUCUAAAUUUUUUUUCCCCCAGUGCAAUUCAGGAUUGCAUGUUCAAGCUAAGGAGAUGUCUACAGGGGGCAUUUGGUAAAAAUGAUAACGGUUAAUAUGUGAUAUCCUGCAGAUUUUUAAAAGUUAAUGUAGCACAUAUGAGCUUCCUGCAGCCUGAAAUUAAAAAUGACAUUUUUGUAACUUUAUUAGCUCAAACAAUAUUAACCAGUAAUAUCACCACCCCUUCCUAUUAUCGCUCAGCUAGCUCAGAGACCACCCUGAUACUGCAUUUCACUCACAAAUAUGUCCCAGCACAGAAGAAAAUGUUUUGUAAUGUUUGGUUCAUAUUAACUUUAAGCAUUUUAAUAUUACAUAUUUAUUAGAAUCAUUUUUUGUCUUAGACUUUGUUGCAAUUUUUGCAACACCCAUUCACUUAGUUUUGUUUUCCUUAAUGCACAUUCCUGUUGUUAAUUACAGUCUUAUGCAAAAGAUCAGAUGACGUUUUGUUGAUUUCCUAAGUGAAAAUGGGUUAAAACAUCUUUAACAGAGAACACACUUCUGCAUAUUUUAAUGCACAAUUAGUGUUUACAUUUUUUACAAAAUUUAACACACUAGAAAAAAAGUGAAACGUAAUGUGGCCUGUGCCAAAGUGAUGUGAAAUUUUAUAUUUACAGUUUUAUUUCUUGUUCCUUAUUCCUGUAUGUAAACAGUAAAUUUGCAUAAGUAUUUUCUCUAAACACGUCAUUUGAAUAGGGGAUUUCUAACUUGCACAUUUUAGCAUUAGUGAAUCAUAGGCUUUGUUAGAAUAAGGAAAUGCAUUGAUAGCACUGUGAUAAAGAGGAGAUAUGCACACACACACACGCACACACACUUUCUUGACAGCUGAUGCCUUGAACAACAGGUUCAACACCACUGCGUUUUGAACAGACGUAUUCUGAUUGUGUAGAUGAUUUACUACCCUGCCUUUCUUUGAAAAUUCACAAAUUAAUUUUUCUGUUUUAAGUACCUGACUUUUCAUAUUUCAUAUAUGACAGGUUGCUCUAGUGACAGACUAAUUCUCUUCUAUUCAUUCUUUAUUAAAGAUUGUCCUAUGAUAUGAUUGUAAAAUGAUACAGUAAUAAUUGUAACUAAUAGUGGUUCCCUUUAAUGAGUCGUCCCAUGUGAAAUUAGAAUAUACAGUCGUGUUGAAUGUUUCUACUUUUUUAAAUUUAAAAUAAGUUAACAAUUAAUCCUCUACAAACUUCCAUUUUAGUGUACAAUUUUUGUUUAUGCGUUGGGUAUAACAUGAAACAUAAAACAUAAAAUGUGCUAAAGCUUUUUCACAAGCUACAUUAACCCCACUAAUAUUCAGUAAAUAAACAGUAAUUGUGCAUUAAAAUAUGCAUAAGUGUGUCUCUGUAGAGGAUGCGUAACUUAUUUAUACUUAAAAAAUCAACCAAAUAUCAUUUGACCAGGCAUGCACAAACAUUUGCACACAACUGUAUAUUGCAAUAUGGCUAUAAAUCUAAAUAAACCAUAAUUUUAGCAUUUUGCA